UUGCGUUUAGUGACACUGUGCAGUUUGGUCAGAUAUUGUGCUACCAAGAAUGCUAUCAACAAACUCAUAAAGAGAGUGACGUAUGACGUUCUCUCUCGUCGACAUUUCUUGAAAGGAGACAUAUCGGCGAAAGGAGGGUGUCGAGGUUUAAUUCGCACUCCUUCAACUAAAGACAUAGAGACCACCCUACCAUCUAAGGGGUGACACCUCCUGUCCAGACCCUCAUAUUUGAUGAGGUCAUGAGUAGUGUCAACAUCACCCGAGAUAUUCUGCACAGACAGAUCAGAGACAAGAGAGCAACAGGCUUUCAAAGGUUCUAUCAUGUGACUGACCCCUUAAUCAAAAGGCUGGGCCUGGAGGCUGAGCUUCAGGGCCAUACUGGCUGCGUGAACUGUCUGGAAUGGAAUGAACACGGCGAUCUGCUGGCCUCUGGCUCAGACGACCAGCAUGCUAUCAUCUGGGAUCCAUUCAGGCUCAAAAAGCUUACUACUAUGCACACAGGACAUGCAGCAAACAUAUUCUCUGUAAAGUUCCUCCCUCACUCCGGAGACAGAAUAUUGAUAACCGGUGCUGCGGACACUAAGGUCCAUGUGCAUGACCUGACAGUGAAGGAAACCAUCCAUAUGUUUUCCGAUCACACCAACAGGGUCAAACGCAUCGCCACAGCGCCAAUGUGGCCCAACACCUUCUGGAGUGCUGCAGAGGAUGGCGUCAUUCGACAGUAUGACUUGCGGGAGAGCAGUAAACGCUCUCAGGCACUGAUCAACUUGACAGAGUUCUGUGGUCAGCUGAUGGAGGCCAAGUGUUUAGCUGUCAAUCCAUGCGACAACAAUUACAUGGCAGUCGGAGCCAAUGGUCCCUUUGUACGUCUCUAUGACAUUCGGAUGAUUCACAACGGCAGAAAAUCAACAGUUUUGCGCCCAGUAUUUGACAACCUGAGCCCCAUCCCAGACAAUGCUGUGCAGUACUAUGUUGCAGGGCACCUGCCAAAGCGGCUAACGGAUUACAAUAGCCGCUUGAGAGUCCUCGUGACCACUUCUGUCACUUUCAGUCCAGAUGGAACUGAGUUGCUUGUCAACAUGGGUGGGGAACAGGUUUAUCUGUUUGAUUUAACAUGCAAACAAAGGCCAUAUACACUUCUUCUUCCACAGAUGUGCGAGCCAUCCAGAGGAGAUGUGCAGAAUGGGAAGACUACCAACGGCGUCUCCAAUGGAAUGCACUUGCCAGGCAGCCAUAUUCAAUGUACCCAAAGCAAGAUACAACUGAGCUCUACUGAGCUUCCUCCCCACUUGGAAAAGAUUAAGCAACAAGCUAAUGAUGCAUUUGCAAGACAGCAGUGGACGCAGGCCAUCCAGCUGUACAGUUUAGGAAUUCAUCAUUCCAGUUGCAACGCCAUGUUGUAUGGAAACCGUGCCGCAGCCUACAUGAAGCGGAAGUGGGAUGGAGACUACUACGACGCACUCAGAGACUGUCUGAAGGCUCUGUCUCUAAACCCACAACAUCUUAAAGCUCAUUUCAGGCUCGCACGGUGUCUCUUUGAGCUCGAAUAUGUGUCAGCGGCACAGGACUGUCUCGGCGAUUUCAAAGGAAAGUUCCCGGAGCAGGCACACAGCAGUGCUUGCAAUGCGUUGGAUAAAGACAUCAAGGCCUACAAGCCAGAAUCAGAAAAUGAGAAGCGCAACUGUCCCACCCCACUACAAAAAAUGAUUCAGAAGGAAGUAUCUGAAGAUGAGUUGGAUCAGAGAGGACAGAGUUUGGACUACAAGCACCGAUACUGUGGUCACUGCAACACGACCACCGAUAUCAAGGAGGCCAACUUCUUUGGAAGCAAAGGCCAGUAUGUUGUCAGCGGAUCAGACGACGGCUCCUUCUUUAUCUGGGAAAAGGAGACAACUAAUCUGGUUCGGAUCCUGCAGGGAGAUGAGUCUAUAGUUAAUUGCUUGCAGCCUCAUCCCAGCUACUGCUUCCUGGCAUCAAGUGGUAUUGACCCUGUAGUCCGAUUAUGGAACCCACGACCAGAGACGGAGACGGACAAUGGACGUGUGGUAGAAGACAUGGAAGGCGCGGCUCAAGCCAACCAGCGGCGAAUGAAUGCAGAUCCACUGGAGGUCAUGCUGCUCAACAUGGGCUAUCGCAUCACAGGAUUGCGUGGCGUCGGCGCAGAUGGUUCAGACGACGAGGACAGUCUAGGCCAGUGUCGGCCAAGCUAAAACAAACGGUCAGCCUUUCCGUAGAAUGGGAAGUAGGAAGAAACAAAGUGCUUUGCCACUUGCGGAUGGAAUCCUAAUUUGCACUCCGUUCCGACAAGAAACAUAACAUCUCAACACCACAGGUGGUCCUCGGGUUACGAAGGAGUUAAAACGCCUUAUUUUUAUCCCUGUGGUUGUCUUGCACACUGGAAUGGGCGUUCCAAGGGAGUGAGAGACAGGCUUAUUGGCAGGAGAAAGUGUCAAUGUAUCACUGUGAUGACUUUAAUUGUCAAGUUAUCACCGUCCAUGUCAUAUAAGAUUGUUUCAUAUCUUACCCUUGGUGAUGGCGUGGCGUCUGAGCGGCUUGCAGCAAAGUUGACUUUUGAGCAUUUUACCAUGUCUAAUUUCGCUUUUCGGUAGAAGAGUCUGCUUAAUGCAUGGGAGGUAUGAUGGAAGUUAAAACUAAAAAGAACAAACGUGAUGUCCUUGCUCAGUGUAGCAGCGUGCGAGUACGUAUUACUCAGCCUGCGUAUCCUCCCGCCGCGCGCACAUAACUAGUUCUCUUUUUGCUUUUAUACCCUGUUAAUGAUAUAUGGGAGUGCGUUCCUAACCAUCAAACAUCGUAAGACUAGAAGAACCUCAACGCAUCAUUCUUUUAAGGUAUGCUGGCCACCUCUAUCAGGGGAGAAAGUCAUGGGAGGAUGGUGAGAGCUCUUUUAAACCUGUAUUGCCAGGGAGACACUAAGCCCGGUUUGUCACAGAUGCACAGACAAGCUCAGCAAUUUUCCCUCAGGUUUAUGUUGGCAACCGCAUGUUGAAGGAGAGGCGCUCUGGUGACCUCAGUUGAGGUCCCACAGUGGCAGUGAACUCCAUGGAGGAGCAAAUCAGACCAGUUUAAGGUGCAUUGCAGCAUCUAUUGCCUGCGCUUCAGCAGCGUGCAAAGGGUACACCUUCUGGAGUCCAUUCUCUCUGUCUCUCCUUUCUCUUUUAAGGAAGCUGCAUGUUGCAAAUAGUGAAUGAGCUUUAAUCAGUUUAAAAGACAAAAAACAUAAUUUAUUUUGUUGAAGUUUGCCCACCAUCAGCUAAAUGCCCCCAAUUGUGUUCUUUGUUGUCUUUAUAACAAGAGUGUUCACGCAUUUAGUUUUAACCAGAUACAUUUUCUGAUUUCUUCAAGUUGUUGAUUGCAUAUGAAAUGUUGGUGUGAAAAAUUACAUGUUGUGUCAAAGUGGGACACAAAGGCUCAUGUAGAGUGACAAAAUGGCUGUGUGUCUUUUGGAACACACUCAUUUUAAUUCAUCAACGCACAACUUGUUUCACUUUCCUCAUACAUUUUCUUUAAAGAAUCGUGUAUUCACGUUUUUUUUCUUGCUCACAGAUAAAGAAAAUCAAUUGAA